GGAUAGAGCGUUGUCGCCCCGCCUUCACCAACCCGCCAAACAGUCGAUUGAUAGCCGCGUCUUCUCUCCCGGUCUCAGAUCUGCAUCCAAAAACCUGCGUUUUGCAAUCCUCGAACCGCCUUCGAGCCAUAUCGAAAUUCACACGCACUAACUCAAGUCGCCGAGAAGCUCAAGCUAAUUAACAUGUCUGGAAAGGGAAAAGCCGCUACUGGAGGCCGUGGCAAGAAAGGAAAGGGAAGCACCCGAUCGGCCAAGGCAGGUCUGCAGUUCCCCGUCGGCCGUGUCGCCCGUUACCUGAAGAAGGGCCGCUACGCCCAGCGUAUCGGUGGUGGCGCUCCCGUCUACAUGGCCGCCGUCCUCGAGUACCUCUGCGCUGAAAUUCUCGAGCUUGCUGGCAACGCCGCCCGCGACCACAAGAAGACGCGUAUCAUCCCGCGCCACAUUCAGAUGGCCGUCCGCAACGAUGAGGAGCUGAACAAGCUCCUGGGUGACGUGACCAUCGCCUCGGGUGGUGUGAUGCCCAACAUCCACUCGGUGCUUCUGCCCAAGAAGUCUGCUUCUGCUGGCAAGAAGGGCAAGUCGUCGGCUUCACAGGAUUACUAAGUGCAUUCGCGCUUAGUGUUCGACGCUUUGUCAAUGGUCUUUGACCGUUUUGAGCGCGAUCUAGGUCGCCUCCACCUAUGCUGAGUUAGCAUAUUGCUGCUUUGGCCUCAAUUCCCUGAUGUUUUUCAACAUCACCCUUUUCACGAGAAAUACUCAUUAGAUUAGUUUACAGAAUGAAUUGAUACUACUAGGUAGAAAAACAAAGUGUAGCAGAUCAGAAGGAUCUUAAGUGUUCUCUCGAGUAUUGUGGCUUUAAAUCGCUGAGUUUGGCUUGUCGUGGCGCCUAUCCUUCAUGGUAAUUUUGCCAGGAUAUCGUUUUUGAAGCUACAGUAAUGAACGUUUACAUGUCCGGAAAAGAUCC